UAUUAAUUGAUACGACAGCCACUGAAAUACACAAUUAAUGUCGUCACGUUAUAGCUGGAUCACAAUAUCUCUAUUUGCUAUACUACAACUAUUAAAAAAGAAAGAAAAAACGUCACAACUGCUCGCGAAACAUUUAAGAAUACAUUGCAAAGCUCAAAGUCUUCGUCUCCGCGUAGACAAUUAUUGUGCAAAUAUCACAUGGUUAUUUAAAAAAGGAAAUACAGAAAAUUGAAAGAGUUAUAAUAACCUGUGUAUUGUUUAGCUAACUACAACAAUUGGUUAUAUUUAGUGUUAAGUAACAUAAAGUCUUACAGUUGCCACUACCAGAAAGCUUGAGAGAGAAAGAGAGAGCUAGACUAAAAUGGCAGAAACUGCAGUGUCCUUUGUAUUUCCAAAAUUUUUGGAAGCUGUGAAGAUGCUGAGAGAUCUCCCAAAAGAAGUUGCAGAAGUUACUGACGAAUCAGAAAGUUUUCAAGAUUUCAUCCAUGAUGCAAAUAAAAUCGCUGAAGCCGAAGAAGAUAACAAUAGGCGCGAUAGAAUGAGAAAAAGGUUGAUGAGGCUGAGAAAAACAGCUUUUCUCAUGGAAGAUAUCAUCGAUGACUAUGUGAUAUGUGACGAAAAGCAACCUGAAGAAGAUCCUUCACAAGAAGAUCCUCGAUGUGCAGUUUUACUCUGUGAGGCUGUUGAGUUCAUCAAAACUCAAAUCCUUCGCCUUCAAAUAGCGUAUCGGAUUCAGACUGUUAAGUCACUUGCUCGUGCGGAAAGAGAUGGCUUCGAAAACCAUUUUCCUAUAGGAUCAAGAUCAGACGAUUCUAGAGGAAAUGAAAAUUUCACAUGGCAUAAACUUCGAAUGGCUCCUCUUUUUAAUAAGCAAGAUGAGGUUGUUGGCUUUGAAAAGCCUAUAGAAACACUGAAAAAGUGGUUGACACAGGGAAGAAAAGAACGCACUGUCAUCUCUGUUGUAGGAAUGGCAGGAUUGGGAAAAACCACUCUUUCUAAGCACGUUUUUGACAAGGUCGAUAAACACUUUGAGUGCCAUGCAGUGAUCACAGUGUCUCGACCCUAUGAUGUUGAACGACUGCUGAGGGAUAUAAUGAAGGAGCUUUGCCAAGAAAGAAAUGAGCAUCCUGCUCAGGAUGUUGAAACUAUGAAUCGAAUGUCGUUGAUAAAAGAAGUAAGAAAACGCUUGUCCAAUAAGAGGUAUGUUGUCUUGUUUGAUGACGUAUGGAACGAAACUUUUUGGGAUGACAUUGAAUUGGCUCUAAUUGAUGAUAAAAAUGGAAGUAGGAUAUUAAUCACUACCCGGGAUGAGAAGGUUGUGGAAUUCUGUAAGCAAGCUUUAUUUUUUGAAGUUUAUAAGUUACAACCUUUAAGUAAAGCAAAAUCAUUGGAGUUGUUAUGUAAGAAGGCGUUUGGGUAUGCUUUUGUUGGACGUUGUCCAAAAGAUUAUAAAGAAGUAGGUCUGGACAUUGUCAGGAAGUGUGAGUGUUUACCUUUAGCGAUUGUGGCCAUUGGUAGUAUUUUAUAUAGAAAAUGUAAAAGUCCAUAUGAUUGGCGCAUGUUUAGUCAAAAUCUAAGUUCAGAGUUGCAGAGCAAUUACGAGUUACAAAGUGUAACAAAAAUUUUAAGUUUGAGUUACGAUGAUUUGCAACAGAAUCUGAGGUCAUGUUUGUUGUAUUUCGGAAUGUAUCCUGAAGAUUACGAAGUGAACUGUGGUAGAUUAAUUCGGCAGUGGAUAGCUGAAGGUUUUGUCAAACAUGAAAAUGGAAGAAAUUUAGAAGAAGUUGCACAACAAUAUUUAAUGGAGUUGAUUAGUAGAAGUUUGGUUCUAGUAUCGUCAUUUACCACAGAUGGCAGAGCUAAAGCAUGUCGUGUUCAUGACUUGGUACAUGAAAUGGUCCGUCGAAAAAUUAAGAAUACAGGGUUUUGUGAGUAUAUUGAUGAGCAUAAUCAUUUGGAGUCAAGUGGUAACAUUCGACGCUUAACAAUAGCAACAAGUUCCAAUGGUUUAAGUGGAUCUAUGGAAGAAUCACAACAUGUUCGGUCAAUUCUAAUUUUCACGAAUGAAGUGUCAUCUAAAGACUUCACGAGCGCCUUGCUUGCAAAAUACAUGCGGUUGAAAGUGUUGGAUUUUGAAUUUACUCCAUUAUAUGAUGUUCCUGAGAAUUUGGGGUGUUUAAUCCACUUAAAGUAUCUAAGCUUCAGGGAGACAUGCAUAAGAAGCCUUCCAAAAUCCAUUGGAAAGCUCCAAAACUUAGAGACAUUAGAUGUAAGAACACAUAUGGUGAUUGAGGUACCAAAGGAGAUUACGAAGCUUAGAAAGCUACGUCAUCUUUGGGGUAGCCCAAUAUCUUCCACUUCGUUGAAGUAUAGUGUUGGAAGCAUGAAGUCCCUGGAAAAGAUGAAUGAAUUGCGAAUAGAUCGAAAUGGAGAGGUGAUUAGAGAGAUUGGAAAGCUAAAGCAAUUAAGGGAUCUGAGGGUUGUUGGUUUUAGGAGAGGUCAUGCAGAGACUCUCUGUUCCUCACUAAACGAGAUGCCACUUUUGGAGCGACUACAUAUCUCCUCCUCAGAAUAUGUGAGGUUUAGUGGCGAUUUUUCUUCUUCGCUAAGGAAGGUAACAGUGGUGAAACUUCUUGAUCGGAGAGAAAUUGACUUUCACAUUACGUCAUCCUUGUCUAAACUGAGGAAGCUUCACCUGUAUGCCGUUUUAAAAGAGUUCCCAAAUUGGAUUCUGCGGCUCCAAAGUCUUGUGAAACUGUCUUUGGUUGAAUCCAAGUUAACUAACAUUCCAUUGAAAUCUCUGGGAAAUAUGCCAAAUUUGUUAUUCCUCUGUUUCGAUUCCAGAUGUUAUGAAGGAGAAACUCUGCAUUUUGAAAAUGGAGGAUUUCAGAAACUAAAGGAACUGGAGCUCAAAGGUUUGGAGCAAUUGAGGUCCAUCUUUAUUGAAAGGAGAGCACUGCAAUAUUUGGAAAAGCUUCAUAUAAAGACCGUUCCACGACUGAAGACAGUACCCUCUGGCAUUCAACACUUGCAGAGACUCCAAGUUCUCCACAUCUUGUAUAUGCCGAGAGAAUUUCUGCAUAGGAUUAACCCCGAUGGAGGAGAAGAGCACUGGAUGAUCAAACAUGUGCCCUAUGUACAUUUUGGUCGAACAUAUCGUAAAAAGAGAAAAGAAGCAAGCAACUGUGCAGCUUGAAGCGGA